CACCUCCCACCAUGGACAGCUUCGACUUAGCCCUGCUCCAGGAAUGGGACCUCGAGUCGCUGUGGGGUGAAGACAUCUUAAACCAGAGGAAUGACUCUCUAGUAGUGGAGUUUCAGUCGUCAGCCAGCAGAUGCAGGAGUGUCUAUGAACCAGAUAGAAAUGCGUUACGGAGGAAGGAACGAGAGCGAAGAAAUCAGGAAACUCAACAGGAUGAUGGCACAUUUAAUUCGAGUUACUCCCUCUUCAGUGAACCUUACAAGACUAAUAAGGGGGAUGAGCUUUCCAACCGGAUCCAGAAUACUUUAGGCAAUUAUGAUGAAAUGAAAGACUUUUUAACGGAUAGAUCAAAUCAGAGUCACCUUGUUGGCAUACCCAAACCUGGGGUUCCACAGACUCCCGUGAACAAGAUCGAUGAACAUUUUGCUGCAGAUUCAAGAACCCAGACCCAGUCCUCGUCUGUCUGUAGCACUGCAUCUUCCACACCAGCAGCUGUCUCAGGGCAGCAGAGUAAGAGGGGGACUAUGGGCUGGCAGAAGGCUGGGCACCCACCAUCUGAUGGCCAACAGAGAUCAACACAACAGGGCUCUCUCAGGACCUUGCUUGGAGAUGGUGUUGGCAGACAGCAGCCACGGGCCAAACAAGUGUGCAAUGUGGAGGUGGGUCUUCAGACCCAGGACAGGCCAUCUGCUAUGUCAGCCAAGCACAGCAGCAGUGGUCACUGUGUUCAGAACUUCCCUCCAUCUCUGGCUUCAAAACCCAGCCUGGUUCAGCAGAAACCAACUGCAUAUGUGCGGCCAAUGGACGGCCAAGAUCAGGCUCCUGAUGAGUCCCCUAAGCUUAAGUCAUCUGCGGAAACCAGUGUUCAUUGCACAUCCUACAGGGGAGUCCCAGCCACCAAGCCAGAGUCAGCCAGAACCAAGGCCAAGCUUUCCAAGUUCAGCAUCCCUAAGCAAGGAGAGGAGAGUAGAACUGGAGAAACCAACAGUUGUGUUGAAGAAAUAAUUCGGGAGAUGACCUGGCUUCCACCACUUUCUGCUAUUCAGCCACCUGGGAAAGUGGAACCAAGCAAAUUUCCAUUUCCAAAUAAGGACUCUCAGCUUGUAUCCUCUGGACACAAUAAUCCAAAGAAAGGUGAUGCUGAGCCAGAGAGUCCAGACAAUGGUACAUCAAAUACAUCAAUGCUAGAAGAUGACCUCAAGCUUAGUAGUGAUGAAGAGGAAAACGAACAGCAGGCAGCACAGAGAACUGCUCUCCGCGCUCUAUCUGACAGCACCGUGGUCCAGCAGAGCAACUGCAGAGCCUCUGUGCCUUCCAGCAAGGGCAGCAGCAGCGGCGGCGGCAGCAGCAGCAGCAGCAGCAGCUCCUCCAGCGACUCCGAGAGCAGCUCUGGAUCUGACUCAGAGACGGAGAGCAGUUCUAGUGAGAGUGAGGGAAGCAAGCCUCCCCACUUCUCCAGCCCUGAGGCUGAACCGGCGUCCUCUAACAAGUGGCAGUUGGAUAAAUGGCUAAACAAAGUUAAUCCCCACAAGCCUCCUAUUCUGAUCCAAAAUGAAAGCCAUGGACCAGAGAGCAACCAGUACUACACCCCAGUGAAAGACGAAGUGCAGGAGUGUGGAAAACUCCCUGAUAUAUGCCAAACCAGCCUGAGAGAAAAGGAAAUCAAGAGCACAUGCAAGGAGGAACAGAGGCCCAGGACAGCGAACAAGGCCCCAGGGAGUAAAGGAGUGAAGCAGAAAUCCCCACCCGCGGCAGUGUCUGUGGCCGUGACCACAACAGCCCCACCACCUGCGGUGCCCAGUGUGCCCACAGAGAGUGCACCUGCGCCAGCCCGGAGAUCAGCAGGCAAGAAGCCGACCCGGCGCACCGAGAGGUCCUCGGCCAAUGACAGUACCAACUGCCACCGGCCUGAGGAGCCCACAGCCGGGGACACUCUGGGGGCAAGUGUGGUGGUCCCCUCAGAGCCCACUAAAACCAGGCCCUGUGGCAACAGCAGAACAGGCCACAGGAAGGAGCUCCGCUCUUCAGUGACCUGCGAGAAGCGCCGCACACGGGGGCUGAGCAGGAUUGUCCCUAAAUCCAAGGAGUUCAUUGAGACAGAGUCGUCAUCUUCAUCAUCCUCCUCGGACUCUGACCUGGAGUCGGAGCAAGAGGAAUACCCUCCAUCCAAACCACAGGCUACAGCCCCCUCCUCCUUGUCCUCUGGGAGUGACCAGAGGCUGAAGGAGGCUGCGAACAGCAUUAGCAGUGGGAGUGGGCCCCGGGCCCCUGUUGGCUCCAUCAACGCCAGGACCACCAGUGACAUUGCCAAGGAGCUGGAGGAGCAGUUCUACACACUGGUCCCCUUUGGCCGGAAUGAACUUCUCUCCCCCCUGAAGGACAGUGAUGAGGUCAGGUCCCUUUGGGUCAAAAUUGACCUGACCCUCCUGUCCAGGAUCCCAGAACACCUGCCCCAGGAGCCCGUGGCCUUGAGCACUUCUGCAGCCAAGGAUGCAGAGAGCGCGCCACUGAGCCUCUUGUCAGAUGCACCCCCUGAAAAGACUUUGCCAAAAUCCAAGAGGAAACGCAAGUGUGAAAAUGAAGAUGACUACAGAGAGAGCAAGAAGGCCCAGGUAGAGAAGGACAGCUCAUCCCGACUGACCACUUCAGCCAAUAAUACUGUGUCUGCAAACCACUGCAGCAUGAGCAUCAGCAGCUUGGCAAUACCAAUAAAUAAAAAUGAAAAAAUGCUCCGGUCACCCAUCUCGCCCCUCUCCGAUGCAUCCAAACACAAAUACUCCAGUGAGGACUUAACUUCGUCCAGCAGACCUAACAGCACUGGUCUGUUCACUUCCACCUCCUCCAACAAAAAGCAUAAGGCUGAGAACCAGCUGCCGUCUCAUACUGGAGACCUCACGAAAGCAGCACACAACAAUUCCGAAAACGUUCUCCUCCACAACAAGUCACGCCUACAAACAGAGCCAUGGUCUCCAGUCUCCAAUGGUCACAGGGACUGCAAGAGGCAGAAGCUUGUCUUCGAUGAUAUGCCACGCAGUGCAGAUUAUUUUAUGCAAGAAGCUAAACGGAUGAAGCAUAAAGCAGAUGCAAUGGUGGAAAAGUUUGGAAAGGCUUUGAACUAUGCUGAAGCAGCCUUGUCAUUUAUUGAGUGUGGAAAUGCAAUGGAACAAGGUCCAAUGGAAUCCAAAUCUCCCUAUACAAUGUAUUCAGAAACAGUAGAACUUAUCAGGUAUGCUAUGAGACUAAAAACCCACUCAGGCCCCAAUGCCACACCAGAAGACAAACAACUAGCUGCAUUAUGUUACCGAUGCCUGGCUCUCUUAUACUGGCGGAUGUUUCGACUCAAAAGGGACCAUGCUGUAAAGUAUUCAAAAGCACUUAUCGACUAUUUCAAGAACUCAUCUAAAGCUGCCCAAGCCCCAUCUCCGUGGGGGGCCAGUGGAAAGAGCACUGGAACCCCAUCCCCCAUGUCUCCCAACCCCUCUCCCACCAGCUCCGUGGGAUCUCAGGGGAGCCUUUCCAACACCAGCACCCUGUCCCCAUCGACCAUCGUCAGCAUCCCACAGCGCAUCCAUCAGAUGGCAGCCAAUCACGUCAGCAUCACCAACAGCAUCCUUCACAGCUAUGACUACUGGGAGAUGGCCGACAACCUGGCCAAGGAAAACAGAGAAUUCUUCAACGACCUGGAUCUGCUGAUGGGGCCUGUCACCCUUCACAGCAGCAUGGAGCACCUGGUCCAGUACUCCCAGCAGGGCCUACACUGGCUGCGGAACAGCACUCACCUGUCGUAGGGACCUCACCCUUGAGCCAGAUUGCGCUCU